AUGGAAGAUUCGGGCAUCCAGCGAGGCAUCUGGGAUGGAGAUGCCAAGGCUGUCCAACAAUGUCUGACAGAUAUUUUUACCAGUGUUUACACCACCUGUGACAUUCCUGAGAAUGCUAUAUUUGGUCCCUGUGUCCUGAGCCAUACUUCCCUGUAUGACAGCAUAGCUUUCAUAGCUCUCAAGUCUACUGACAAGAGAACAGUACCUUACAUCUUCCGGGUAGACACCUCAGCGGCAAAUGGCUCCUCAGAAGGUCUCAUGUGGCUUCGGUUGGUCCAAUCAGCCAGAGAUAAAGAAGAGCAGAACCUCGAAGCCUAUAUCAAAAACGGACAGCUCUUUUACCGCUCUCUCCGCAGGAUCGCCAAAGACGAGGAGUUACUAGUUUGGUACGGGAAAGAACUGACUGAGUUACUCUUGCUCUGCCCCUCUAGAUCCCACAACAAAAUGAAUGGGUCGUCCCCUUACACAUGCCUGGAAUGCAGCCAGCGUUUCCAGUUUGAGUUCCCCUAUGUGGCGCAUCUGCGUUUCCGCUGCCCCAAGAGACUUCACAGCGCUGAUCUCAGUCCCCAAGACGAGCAAGGCGGCGGCGUGGGCACCAAAGACCACGGGGGCGGCGGCGGCAAAGACCAGCAGCCGCAGCAGCAGCAGCAUCAGGAGGUGCCCUUGGGCCUGGGCCCCAAGUUCUGCAAAGCCGGCCCCAUCCACCACUACCCGGCCGCCUCCCCCGAGAGCAACAACCCACCCGUCGCCGCCGGCGGCAGCAGCGCGAAGCCAUCCACGGACUUUCACAACCUGGCCCGCGAGCUGGAAAACUCCCGGGGAGGCAGCAGCUGUUCCCCAGCCCAGAGCCUCAGCAGCGGCGGCGGCCACCAGGAGGCGGAACUGAGUCCCGAAGGCAUCGCCACCGGCGGCGGCAGAGGGAAGAGGAAAUUCCCGGAGGAGGCGGCGGAGGGCGGCGGCGGCCCAGGGCUGCUGGGGGGCCGAGGCCGCUUCGCUGAGCGGCCCCUGCCGGCCUCCAAGGAGGAUCUGGUGUGCACGCCGCAGCAGUACCGCGCCUCGGGCAGCUACUACAGCCUGGAAGAGAACGGCCGCCUCUUCGCGCCGCCCAGCCCCGAGACUGGAGAGGCGAAGCGCAGCGCCUUCGUGGAGGUGAAGAAGGCGGCCCGCGCGGCCGGCCUGCAGGAGGAAGCGACUGCCGACGGCGGGGGCGCCGCCACCGAGGACCAGGAUGCGGGCGGCGGCGGCUCCUCCACGCCCGCGGCUGCCUCGCCCGCGGGAGCCGACAAACUGCUGGCCCCGCGGCCCGGCGGCGGCCCGCUGCCCGGCCGGCUGGAGAGUGGCAGCCCCGCGCGGGGCAGCGCCUUCACCUCGGUGCCGCAGCUGGGCGGCGCGGGCGGCAACGGCGCAGCGGGCGGCGCGGGCGCGGCGACGGCGGGCGGCGCGGGCGGUGGUCAGGGUGCCGCGUCGGACGAGCGGAAAAGCGCCUUCUCACAGCCGGCGCGCUCCUUCUCACAGCUGUCCCCGCUGGUGCUGGGCCAGAAGCUCGGCGCGCUCGAGCCCUGCCACCCCGGCGACGGCGUGGGUCCCAACAGACUCUACCCCGCCGCGGCCGACCCUCUGGCCGUGAAGCUCCAGGGGACCGCGGACUUGAACGGGGGUUGCGGGGCCCUGCCCAGCGGCGGCAGCGGCCUGCCCAAGCAGAGCCCCUUCCUCUACGCCACCGCCUUCUGGCCCAAGAGCUCGGCGGCGGCCGCAGCGGCGGCGGCGGCCGCGGGGCCCCUGCAGCUGCAGCUGCCAUCGGCGCUCACGCUGCUGCCGCCCUCCUUCACCUCGCUGUGUCUGCCGGCGCAGAACUGGUGCGCCAAGUGCAACGCCUCCUUCCGCAUGACCUCCGACCUCGUGUACCACAUGAGGUCGCAUCACAAAAAGGAGUAUGCAAUGGAGCCCUUGGUGAAGCGACGGCGGGAGGAGAAACUCAAGUGCCCCAUUUGCAACGAGUCCUUCAGGGAGCGCCACCACCUCUCCAGGCACAUGACCUCGCAUAAUUGA